CCACUCUCUUUCGCACUUCCCGCACAUUUGACAUCCUCUGUGAUCUCUCUCUGAAACACGAACGCGGUUCACAAUGGAGAGCUUUGCCCUCCACUCUCUCUCAACCACCACUUCCUCCUUCUCUCUUACCUCUCGCUCCUCCCUUUUCCACCAUCCAUCUCCCAAACCCAUCUUCAAAUCCCCACCCUCCAUUUCCCCGUCUCCCGCCCUCCGAUCACUCUCCAUUCCCCUUCUCUUCACUCCCCUCUCCAAAUCCCACAACCGCAAUUCUUUAUCACACUUCACGCUCCACUCCUCUCAAAAUGACACGUCGUCUACUCUCCCCGCAACUCAAACGACACCCCCAUCUCCGCCACAAGGAGCAAAGAUCCUCCCUUUAAUUAUCUCAAUUUCAAUCGGUCUCAUUGUUCGUUUUGUAAUCCCCAAGCCGGUUGAAGUCAGCCCACAGGGCUGGCAACUCCUCUCAAUCUUUGUCUCCACAAUCGCGGGCCUUGUUUUGAGCCCGUUACCGGUAGGUGCGUGGGCGUUUCUGGGAUUAACGACGUCGAUAGUGACCAAAACGCUGACGUUUUCGACGGCAUUCAGUGCUUUCACCAAUGAGGUUAUAUGGUUGAUCGUGAUUUCGUUCUUUUUCGCACGUGGGUUUGUGAAGACGGGGUUGGGGGAUAGAAUAGCGACGUAUUUUGUGAAGUGGUUGGGGAAGAGUACAUUGGGAUUGUCGUAUGGACUGACUUUUAGUGAGGCGCUUAUUGCUCCGGCUAUGCCCAGUACAACAGCGAGAGCUGGGGGUGUUUUCUUGCCCAUUAUUAAGUCAUUGUCGUUGUCAGCUGGAAGUAAGCCCGGGGAUUCCUCUUCAAGGAAGCUCGGCUCCUAUCUUGUUCAGUCUCAGUUUCAGUCUGCUGGAAACUCUAGUGCUCUAUUCCUGACUGCUGCUGCUCAAAAUUUGCUGUGCCUCAAAUUGGCUGAGGAAAUUGGAGUGAUAAUUUCAAGUCCUUGGGUGUUUUGGUUUAAGGCUGCUAGUUUACCUGCUAUUGUUUGUCUUUUAGCCACUCCACUUGUCUUAUACAACCUCUAUCCUCCUGAAAUCAAAGACACACCAGAGGCCCCUGCUAUAGCUGCAAAGAAGCUGGAAAGUAUGGGCCCUGUCACAAGAAAUGAAUGGAUCAUGGUGGGGACAAUGCUUCUUGCAGUUUCUUUGUGGGUCGGUGGGUAAGUAUUUUGUCUUAAAAUCUC